AUGGCCUGGACCCUGCUCGAACCAGAAGAUGAGGCGACUCUGACGGUCGCGGAGCAGCGACUCCGACGGCAGCUCUCCCUGCUGUUCCGGUUCGCUGUCGCCGUCUUCUGCUGCUGGCAUCUCUUCGACUUCCUCUUCUCCUCCAUCUGGAUGCACGGCUACAUAUGGUCUCUCAACCUGCCCAUCGACCUCGACAUGUCCGACAAAUCCGCUGGCGCUAUCGUCUAUCAUCAGCUUCAUCAGGUAUAUUUGAGAGACUUUCAAGUAUCUGAAAAUCCGGCUGUGAAAAUCAAGUUAUCGGAAAAGUUGUGAUUAAUAUAGUCUAGAGCAUUUUUACACUCAGAAAUUUCGUGUUUCGCAAACCGCUUCGAAAUGGAAGUUUGAGCGUGUCAGAAAAUACAAAAAAUCUAGAGGCUUUCUAUAGAGAAUUGCCUUUUUUUUGUGAAGUAUUGGAGUGGCUAGUUUUUUUGUUUUUUUAAAAAAAUGAUCUUUCCUGAAAAAAAUGAUCUUCUUUGAAGACAAAAUUUGAAAAAAGAGCUUUUUUUAUUAAAUAUAAUAUAAUUCUCUGAACCUUUGAGAGGAAGUCUGUUCGGAAAAUUAUCCUUAUGGAAAGGCUCAACGUUCUGCAUCACAUAAUGUAUCCUUUAGUACAGUCCGAAAAAAAUUCUGAAGUAUGCAACCGCCACUUAUAAAACUAAAUUAUUGAGGCUACAAAAGAUUGAUCCUCAUCGAAGAUAAGAUGAAGACUUUUCUUUUUGAAGAAAAGAAAACUAGAGAAUAGCGUCCCAUAUCAUAUUUCAUCAAUAAGUAGUAUUGGAAAAGUCUAGCUUUCUGAGUUUUCAUUCUUCAUUCCCUCUUUUUAUUUGUCGAGUUUGCAGGUUGGACCCGUGGAGCGUGUGGUCCACGCCAUUCUGUGCGUCUUGGGAGUCGCUUUCGUUUUGUUGUUAGUUUUUCUUCGGUUUUUUUUUUGGCCGUCUAGCUUUGGUCAUUUCUUUAUCGCAUUGGAAAUUGCUCAGAUGCGUCGGAUUCGGCAAGUCAGAAGGACAGACGACGUGGAAACUUCUGCGCGUCUCGAUCGUCGUGGGAUUCGUCACAGGACUUCUGAGGCCUGUGCAGGUUUACAACACUACAAUAGUGGAAUGUACUGGGCUUCAAAAAGUUCAGAUGAAACAACGAUUCUUCUCGUGUUUGCACGAAGGUUUCUACUGUUAUUUCAUGUUCUUCGUCAUCGGCUUAAUCUUGACUUUCCGGUUUGGAGAGAAGUUCCCAAAGAAGGAAGCUCUGACAGAAGAGGCAGAACUUAAAAAGACUGAGGUUCCUUUUUGGUUUUCUUUUUUCUUCAUCAAAGUUUUGUCUUGUAGUGA